CUUUUCCCGCGCACCCUCCGCGCGUGCCUCCCCGGUGCAUUCUCCACGCACGCUCCCCCCUGUCCAGCCCCGCUGCACCCUCCGUGCGCUCCCGGCCAUGAACGGCUCGGCGACAGGCUCCGAGACGGGCUGGCAGCCCGAGUCAGUCAUCAUCCCACUGGUGUACCUCCUCAUCUUCCUCGUGGGCACGGUGGGCAACUGCCUGGUCCUGGCCGUGCUGCUGCGCAACGGGCAGGUGAAGAACACCACCAACCUCUUCAUCCUCAACCUGGGGGUGGCCGACCUCUGCUUCAUCCUCUUCUGCGUCCCCUUCCAAGCCACCAUCUACACCCUGGAGGGCUGGGUGUUCGGGCCCUUCAUGUGCAAGGCCGUCCACUUCUUCAUCUACCUCACCAUGUACGCCAGCAGCUUCACCCUGGCCACCGUCUCCCUCGACAGGUAUUUGGCCAUACGAUACCCCCUGCACUCGAGAGAGCUGAGGACGCCCAGGAACGCCCUCACAGCCAUCUGCUUCAUCUGGGGGCUUUCCUUCAUCUUCUCGAGCCCUUACCUCAGCUACUACCAAGAGUUCCAGUUGGCCAACCUGACCGUCUGCCACCCCAUCUGGGAGAUCUCCCAGCGCAAGGUCAUGGACAUCUGCACCUUCAUCUUCAGCUACAUCAUCCCAGUGCUGAUCCUGAGCCUCACUUAUGUGCGCACUAUUCGCUACCUGUGGAGGUCCGUGGACCCUCUCCAAGACAUGUCAGAGUCCAAGAAGGCCAAGCGGAAAGUCACCAGGAUGAUCAUCAUUGUAGCCAUCCUGUUCUGCCUUUGUUGGCUGCCCCAUCACCUGGUCAUCCUCUGCGUCUGGUUCGGGUACUUCCCCCUCAAUCAUGUCACAUACGUGCUCCGCAUCCUCUCGCAUCUCCUCUCCUAUGCCAACUCCUGCGUGAACCCCAUCGUCUACGCCCUGGUCUCCAAACACUUCCGCAAGGGCUUCAAGAAGAUCUUUAACUGCCUCUUGUACAAGAAGGCAGCCAACAAGGUGCACGUGGCCCAAGUGAUGAACACCGUCAGUACGCUGGAUGCGGAGCUCAGCGAGGUGACCCACAUCAGCGAAGCCCUGCCUGGCCACUCCUCUGGCCACUGCAAGGUCCCGGCCCAGCCCUGGGGGGAGGCAGAGCUGGUGGAACAUCAGCAGAAAGCAGAUGGCUCCUUCAUCACCUUCAACGUCACCUAG